CAUUAUUAGAGAUUUAUGAAAGCUUCAAUAUCCAUUACAUAGUUGAAAGUGAAAGAACUAGCAAUGAUUUCUAUCAUGCAGCUCCUGAGUCACAUACAACUUUAGACCCUUCCUGAAAAAUCUUGUGUACAACGAAAACAGGUAACUUUAGGGAAUGCUUGAUAUCUAGCGUGCUGGUUUUCCAUUCUCCAACCUUCUUCUUCUGCACAAAACAAAAAAAGCAGCAGCUGUUAAGUGAUCUAGCACUUGGUUCCAGUUUCAAUGUUGCUUUGGUAAAAACUAAAAACACUGAUCUUGAUUUCGCGGUGAAGGAGUUAUCUUGUUACGUAACUAGGGUACAAUAAAAUGGAAAUCAUUGUAGUGAUUUUAGUUUACCUCCCGGUUCUUGUCCUUCUUGUCUCCUGUGAAGACCUUGCAGCCUCCAUAGAUGGCCAACCCUUGUCUCCUGUGAAGAGCUUGCUGCCUCCAUAGAUGGCCAACGCCCAGCCAAUUAUAGAGACAAUAACAAACUGCAAACUCAAUAGCAACAUUGCUUAGUAUGCAGAACAAAUGGUCAUAGCAAACAAGCCUAAUCACAUUCAGAUAGGACCAAAAUUUCUGUAGUACCAAGUGUUCUGAACCAAUUUAGCUGUUUACAUAGAGAAAAAUCAAAGUAUACUACAGCUCCUGCCACUCAUCCUGAAUCUUCUGCAUUUCAGCAGACAGAAAAUAAAAAACUAUGGAUAUCUGUCGAAAAUUAUGUGUUGGAACAUAUUAGCCGCAUGAUUCAAUUGGAAUCAAGAUGGCCUUGCCAGUUCGCCACCAUUCCAUAUGCUGCUAUUCAACGGACAAUGCAGAAAUCCAAAACCAGUCUUUUCACUAACGAAUGAGUGGAACAGAAGCCAAUUACAACACAAAACAAAACCUAUGGUCACAAUCUAGUAGAUUCAGCAACUAGAAAUGCAAACAAGAAAGAAACUCACAUGCUCAUCUUUCCACUUAGAUGGGCUCAAAAGGUCCUGCCAGAAGUUCACUUUUGGUGGUCCAUGAGGAUCUGCAGUAUUUUGUUUUUCAUAAGAAACGAACACAAACACUUAAAUGAAUCAACAAACUAAAACCCAUAUAGCAGAGCACUAAAAAGAGACGAUCUUUAAAUUCCAAAGUCGAAGACGGCUAACAUUCAACAUACACUAUCGGCCUUGAAACGAUAACCCAAAAUAUGUAUAUUCGACUACAGUUUCAACCCCCCGGAUAUUAAACGAAUUAAAUACAGAGGAAAAUAAUGUAACUCGUGAGGUUUUUCUCAGACAAUCAAAGAUGUAAACAAGAGAAGGCGAAUAGUAGAAGAAAGAAAAGAAUCGUCGAUUACCACCGCCUCCGGCCAUGCCACGGCGCUGGAUGAGGGAAGAGGCUUGAGGAACCGGUGAAGGCAGUUUAGAAACGGUGGCAAGCCGACUGAAAUUAGCCGCUUUCCGGGCUACCGUCGCUGCCGUCCAUCCCGCCAUGAUCGCAGAAACUCUGGACGAAGAGGUGAAAGUUGCCAGAAAGUACGAGAGUACUCCAGGGGAAGGAGUUUAUAUAGCCAUGUUGGGCCCAAAACUCAGUUGAUUCGGGGGCGAAUUUUCCGGCGGCAAAUAAGCCUAAAACCAAACCUAACUUGGCAACCAAGCUUUUUCAAUUUUCGUCUGAUAGACGAACAGCAGUGAGCUAGCACACUGGAUUUCUGCUUCCGCAGAGUUCCACAAUGGCUAGGGCAAAGAUGAGCGGCGGCGAUGUGAUCGGAAUCGACCUAGGCACGACCUUCUCCUGCGUCGCCGUCGCCCGCGACGGCAAGAUCGAGAUCAUAGCCAACGAUCAGGGAAACCGAAUCACCCCUUCCUUCGUCGCCUUCACCGCCGCCGAAUCGGAGCGCCUAAUCGGCGAAGGAGCCAAGAAUCAAGCCGCUCGCAACCCGCGCCGCACAAUUUUCGACGCCAAGCGCCUCAUCGGGAAGAAAUUCGACGACCCGGAGGUCCAGAGGGACCUCAAGUACCUGCCGUACCCGGUGGUCAACAGAGACGGGAAACCCUGCGUUGAAAUUGAAGUCCAAUGCGACGUUGAAAAGGUCAAAAGGGCGUUUAGGGCAGAAGAGAUCAGCGCGAUGAUACUCGGUAAAGUGAAGGAGACGGCGGAAUCUUACCUCGGGAAACCCGUGGCCGGCGCCGUGGUGACCGUCCCCGCCUACUUCAACGACGCCCAGAGGAAAGCGACCAAGGACGCCGGCACAAUCGCGGGGCUUAAUGUAAUUCGGAUCAUCAACGAGCCCACCGCGGCGGCGCUGGCGUACGGCCUGGAAAACAGAGUCGAGAAGAACAGGAAGAGGAUGAACGCCCUGGUGUACGAUUUGGGAGGGGGGACGUUCGACGUCAGCGUGAUGCAGAUCGAGGACGGCCGAUUGUUCCAGGUGCUGGCGACCGGCGGCGACACCCAUUUGGGCGGGGUGGAUUUCGACAACAGAGUGGUGGAUUAUUUCGUCGAUUUGACGAGGCGGAAGUACGGCAGGGACAUCCGCGGGAACGGCAAGGCGCUGGGGAGGCUGCGGAGGGAAUGCGAGAGGGCGAAAAGGGUGCUGAGCCAUCAGAGCAGGGAGAUUGUGGAGAUCGAUUCGUUUGUGGAUGGGAUUGAUUUUGUGGAGCCACUGACCAAGGCGAAAUUCGAAGAAUUGAACUUGGAUCUGUUCAGGAGGACGAUGGAGGUGGUGAGGACGACAUUGGAAGACGCGAGGUUGGGGACGAAGGAGGUUGAUGAGGUGGUGCUGGUGGGCGGAAGCACCAGAAUUCCGAAGCUGAGGGAGAUGCUGAAGGAAAUGUUUCACGGGAAGGGGCCGUGCAAAGGGGUCAACCCUGAUGAAGCUGUGGCUUAUGGUGCUGCUGUGUUGGGAGCUAACCUCAGUGGCCAAGCUAAUGCAGUACCUGGUGUUGCUUUAGUUGAUGAUUUCACCACUAAAGAUGACCGGCAAACUACUGCAGAUAUUAAGGUGUAUCAAGGUGAAAGACCCCUGACCAAGGACUGUAUCGAGCUCGGAGGAUUUGUUAUGUCAGGCAUCACUCCUGCUUUAAGGGGAGUGCCAAAGGUGGAUAUCACGUUUGAGAUCGACGAGGAUGGAAUACUGAAGGUGACGGCCAGGGAGAAACUCCCCACAGCAGAAUCUCAGUCCAUCACCAUCACCGACUAUAAAGGAAAUCUGACGCAACAAGAGAUUGAGAGGCUGGUCGAGGAAGCGAAGAAGAUGGCCGAGGAAGACAAGAUGGCCAAGGCCCGCGUGAAUGCCAGGAACGAGCUGGAGCGCUACAUCUAUGGCAUCAGGAAUGCCAUCUGCAGAAUCGCCGAUGAAGGCAGCAUGGAAAUGGUGGAGAGUGCCGUGGGAGAAGCUUCUCGCUGGUACGAAGAGAAUCAAGGCGCGAGCAAGGUGGAUCAUGAGAAGAUGCUGAAGAAACUGGAAGAUGUUUGGAAUCCUAUUGUUAACAGACUUUACCACGGAGCAUAGACGAGCUGCGAUUUAGCACCCUAGUUUGGUAGGCAUGGCUUUGGUUCAGAUCAUAACGAAUAUAGUUCAGCUUGUUUCUAUUUCAUAAUAACUUCCUACCAUAAAUGUCAUUUCACCAAACUAGAACACAGAAGCAUUUUGAUAGAGUACAAGUUUUCCGUCGAUAUUAACGGUAAAAAAAUGAUGAACUUUCUGCAAAGUAUGAAUGUUCAAGCUUUCAUUUUGGAACAAACAUGCACAUUACAU